UUUGCAAAAAAAAAAUGUGUUUAUAAAUUAAACUUAAAUUAGCCGCAAUUGCUGACCAAUUCAAAAAAAAAGCUAAUUAUUACUCGUAAACAAUUAAAGUGUCAAAAAAGUACAAAAAAAUUUUUGGUGACCAGACAAAUACAAAUAAAUUAUAAAUAACUUGAGGCAAAAAGAAAAGAACCAACAUUUGAAAAACCUACGUCAUUCCAUUUCAACAACCACACUGAUCAGUGAUCAGAGCAACCAAACCAUAUAAACAUCUCCUCAUCGAAUAGUUAUAGAUCAUACAAUGUAGAAAUAUUACGACCACGACAACAUCCAUUAUACCUCCAAUGAACAAUAAAAAUAAACGAACAUGACUCUUAAUAAAUAAGUGCUUGUGAUAUUGCCAAACAGCCCGAGCUGAUGAUGAAUCUUAACGAGUGGAAAGUUUAGAAAUUUUUUUUAUUUUACAAAUUCUUUUUAAGAAAAUGAGAAUAAUUUAAAAAAAUAAAACAACUAGAAAUGUAUUCAUCACGCGACUGUAAUUUGCGAAACUAUUAAACUUCGUACUGAAAAAUAAUAACAAAACAAAACACCGCAUACGAUAAGGUUCCUUUUGUAUAAGUAACUAAUAUUAAAAGGAUUAUAUUAAUGUCCAGAUUUUUCAAAGACGUCUUUAGGAAACUUAUGCAAAUUAUAGGACCAUAGGCAUAAAAAACCUGGUCCUUAAAAUAUACAUAUAAAAGUUUGUGUACUUAAAAGUAAAAACACAUACGAGAGAAGUAAGAAGGAGUAAUAAAAUCUCAAAAUGAGUUUUAGCGGCCAAGGAUCAUCGAAUGAUAAUGUUCGAAAAUUAUCAUUUCUUAGUUUUAAUACUAAAAAGUCUGGUGGAAAUGAAGAUCCUCAUGAAGUUCUCUUGGACUCGGAAAUGGAAAAAGUUUUCGCUGGUCCAAGUUCAUUAAAGGAAAAAUUUGAUGUGACCACUUUCCAAGAUACGGUAAAUCCAAUUGGAUCUUAUAAACCUAAAAAUGUACAUCGCACAAAAAAUCUAAAUAGCGAUCUUAAUAUUGAAGAAGAUUCAGAAUAUGAACACAAUAAUGAUUCAUCAAAUGCACAAAAUUAUGAUGAUAUACCAGAAGAUUUUCCCUUAGUUUCUGAACGUGCUGGGCAUGGUGAUCAUUCGGAUAAUUCGGCUGAUGAAAAACACGUACAAUUUGGUAAGAAGAAGGCAACUGUUGUUACACCCCCUAGUUUAAGCUAUGAUGAACAACCCAACGAUAAUAUACACGAACGUAAAAGAAGAAAAAGCCGCCAUCAGUAUUAUAGACAACGCAAAUUUUCCCAUCAAGACAGCGUGGAAGCCAAAAAAGUUACUGAAGAAAACGGCGAUGCCGGCAAUCGUAAAAUAUCAGCACCGGAAGAUGCCACUUUGGAGGCAUUUCCGAAGGCCUCCCAGGAAGCGGAUCUUAAUGAAUUAAGGUCACAUCGUUCAGAUGAUCCCAGAGCAUUGAGAAGGCAUAAAAUUCAUCAUUCAUCGAUUAAACUGAGAGAGUUACCACAAAUCAGUAUAGCUGGCUUACAACAGGCGAAGAAAAUAUUUGAUCAUAGUCCACAUGAGAUUUUUGUGCAACUUGAUGAACUUAUUGGUGCCGGAGAGGAUCGUGAAUGGAAAGAAACAGCCCGUUGGAUCAAAUAUGAAGAAGACGUUCAAGAGGGCUCCGAUCGUUGGGGCAAACCUCACGUAGCUUCACUUUCAUUUCAUUCCUUACUUAAUUUGCGCCGUUGUCUAGAAACCGGUGUAGUUCUGUUGGAUUUAAAUGAAAAAGAUUUACCAGCCGUUGCAUAUCGUGUUGUUGAACAGAUGGUUAUUGAAGAUUUAAUUAAUUCCGACGACAAACCAUCUGUAUUACGUUCUUUGCUGUUGCGCCAUCGCCAUGUAAAUGAACAUCAAAAUGGUUUUCCUUUUACGAAACGUAAAUACAACAGUUACACCAGUCUACAGUUGUUAUGGAUGGGACAUGAUCAUCAGCAACAUUUACAACCACAACAAGCAAAUCGUCUACAUCCAAAUAUUGCACAUCCACGACGCUCUGUUUGUGAAACUCUGAGUGCACCACCAACAGCAAUUGUAGUCGAACCAACAAAUCGCCGUCAUUCAACGUUAUCGUAUUUGGGUAAUCUUUCGGGCGAUGAUAAGAAAAUUAAAAUUAUGCCUGCCUUGGAAAUUGGUGGCAGCAAAAAGAGCAAUGAUUUGAAAAUUGAUAUGAAAGAUGAUUUGUAUUCUUCAUCCCAGGAAGAUUUAAAGAAACUACAAAAUGAUACUAUACUUAAGAGGAUACCACAUGGUGCAGAGGCCACCACAGUAUUGGUGGGUGCAGUUGAUUUCCUGGAACAACCCACCAUUGCCUUUGUACGUUUGGCUGAGGGUGUACCUAUGCCUAGUCUUACCGAAGUUCCCAUACCCGUACGCUUUAUGUUCAUCCUAUUGGGUCCACCCACUUUGGAUUUGGAUUAUCAUGAAGUCGGUCGUUCUAUAGCUACUCUAAUGGCCAAUGAAUCGUUUCAUUCCAUUGCUUAUAAAGCAGAUGAUCGCAAAGAUUUACUCUCCGCCAUUAAUGAGUUUUUGGAUGAUUCUAUUGUCUUGCCGCCUGGUAAUUGGGAUCGCCACGAUUUGUUGCCAUUCGAGGAACUGAAAGCUAAAAAAGACUGGAUUCGUUUGCGUAAAAACAAAGCUUUGCAAGUUAAGAAGGAGAUGAAAGAUAAAGCCAUUCUGCAUAAGGAAGUUUUGAAAGCUGCCAUUGAGAAGAAGCAAGAAGAUUCUAGUGACGAUGAUGGUGAUAAGAAAAAGCCAAGUCCUUUAGAGAAAACACACCGACUUUGGGGUGGUUUGCGCAAUGAUCUCAAACGUCGUUUGCCCAUGUACAAAAGUGAUAUAUUGGAUGGUUUGAACACUGAGACCUUGGCCGCCACCGUAUUCAUGUACUUUGCUUGUCUUUCAACGGCUAUAACAUUUGGUGGCUUGGCAUCGGAAAAAACUCAAAAUCUUAUUGGCAUUUCGGAGACAUUAUUAAGUGCCUCAAUUGUGGGAGUAAUCUUUCAUAGUUUAGCCGGUCAGCCUUUGGUGAUAAUAGGCACCACUGGUCCCCUAUUGCUGUUCGAUGAGGCUUUAAAUAAUUUUUGCAAAGAAAACAACAUUAACUUUUUAACAAUCCGAGCCUAUAUUGGUAUUUGGUUAGCAGUUAUAUCCAUAUUGGUGUCAGCCUUCGAGGGCAGCGUUUAUGUGCGCCUGCUAACACGUUUUACCCAGGAAAUUUUCUCCGCUCUUAUUACUUUAAUCUAUAUCGUAGAAACUCUUAUGAAAUUAGUGUCUGUAUAUAAGAAUCAUCCGCUUCUAGCCGAUUAUAAUUUGCCACCACCCAGUUUAGGCCUUAAUGCUACUUUAGACUUUGUAAACUCCAAUGUCACUGAAUCGAUCAAUGGCAAUGAAACUGCAACGAAUGCCACCAUAAAUAUAGAAUAUAACAGUAAUGCCAAAAUGAAUAUGCCCAACACAGCUUUGUUUUGUACAAUUCUAACAUUGGGCACUUUUACCGUAGCCUACUACCUGAAAUUAUUCCGCAACUCACACUUUUUGGGCCGUAAUGCUCGUAGAGCUUUAGGCGAUUUUGGUGUACCUAUAGCCAUUACAAUAUUUGUAAUGGUUGACUAUUUUAUACCGGCGGUUUAUACUGAGAAAUUAAGUGUUCCAGAAGGCUUAUCGCCCAGUGAUCCUACCACUCGUGGCUGGUUGAUCAGUUUGGGUCCCAUUGAAACUUGGAUUCCCUUUAUGGCCGGAAUACCUGCAAUCUUAGUGUAUAUAUUGAUAUUUAUGGAAUCACAUAUUUCGGAAUUGAUUGUAGAUAAACCAGAACGUGGUCUAAAGAAAGGUUCAGGACUUCAUUUUGAUAUUGUUUUGCUGUGUUGCCUGAAUACCUUCUGUGGUUUCUUUGGCAUGCCUUGGCAUUGCGCCGCUACAGUGCGUUCAGUGGCGCAUGUUUCUGCUCUGACAAUUAUGUCAAGAACACAUGCUCCUGGUGAAUCUCCACGUAUAAUUGAUGUUAAGGAACAACGACUAUCGGGUUUCUUUGUUGCUUUAAUGAUAGGUCUUUCAGUAACAAUGGCACCAUUGCUGCGUCUCAUACCAAUGGCUGUGUUAUUUGGUGUUUUCCUUUAUAUGGGUAUUGCAUCAAUGAGUGGAGUGCAAUUCUUCGAAAGAAUACGUUUGUUCUUUAUGCCAGUGAAACAUUAUCCACCCACUCCGUAUGUGAAGAGAGUUCCUACAUGGAAGAUGCAUUUGUUUACGUUUAUACAAGUUUUAUGUUUGGUCUUACUAUGGGCUGUGAAAUCAUCGAAAAUCUCUUUGGCUUUUCCAUUCUUUUUAAUUAUGAUGGUGCCCAUAAGGCAGAGAUUGGCAGCUUUAUAUAAGCCACAAGAAAUGCAAGCAUUGGAUGGCAAUGAAGCUAAUGCUGAUGAAGAUGAACCAGAUUUCUACGAAGAGGCAACCAUUCCUGCAUAGAGAAGAAUACUUCAUAUACAAUUUAAGAAGAUAUUGCACAAAAAAAAAAAAAACUAUUUAUGUAAUUA